CGGCUGCACCGCCUCGGAGCUUGUCAUUCUCCGCGGCGCGGCGGCGAGUGCCGACUGUUGUGCGUGCCUGCCUUCCCGCUCGCUUGUCGGCGCGCCCGCGAUGUGAUCGACCGCCUGGGAGCGGGCUGGCAGCUCUCCCCGCUACAGCGCCUCGGCUUUUCCCUGGCCGCCUUCCUUGUUGAGCCCUGAUUCCCUCGGAGCCGGAGACACGCACCAGGGGCUCGAAGCGCCGCACUCCGGGGCGGGCGGCAGCUGCAGCGCUCGGGACCGCGCGGCCGGGUGCAACCUCUGUCGCCGCCGCCGCCGCCGCCGCCACGCUUGGCACCGCGGAGCCAAGGCGGCUGGUGCAGAGCGGCAGCACCUCGCCCCGCACCCGCCGCCGCCCGGGCAGUGCGGGGCCGCGGCGCUCUGUGCGCAGCGGGAGCGCGGUCCCCCCCGAAGGCCCCCUGUCGCCUGCGUCCCAAAAGCACGAGGUCAUUCUCUUGUUUCAGCCUGUGAGUGCAACUUCAGAGCCGGGAGAGAGUGAUUGCAAGGCCAAGAAGGAAGGGAGAACAUUCACCACCACAACGUUUCAAAGGGAAUACAUUGCCAGCAUUUUGAAUACUUAUUUGGACAAACAUUUCUUCAAGGAAACCAUUAAAGGAUUUUAAGCAGAGGGCUUGUAUGAUCAGCUUUUCUUUUUGGAAAGAUUCCCUCUGGCUGGGGUUUGAAGAAGAAAUUGGAAGACGGCAGGGAGGACGCAGCCCUCUACCCCCAUGUCGCCACCUUGGAAGGACUGACCAAAUCCAGCAGCCUGUGCCACUUCCCACCCACCAUGGGACCCGAGGGAAGCUUGCUGAGUGGGGGACAAAUGCAGAUCACGCUGUGGGGAAGCCUGGCAGCUGUGGCCACCUUCUUCCUCAUCACCUUCCUCAUCUUUCUGUGCUCCAGUUGUGACAGAGAAAAGAAGCCGAGACAGCACAGCGGAGACCAUGAGAACCUGAUGAACGUGCCUUCCGACAAGGAGAUGUUCAGCCGUUCAGUUACCAGCCUGGCCACAGACGCGCCUGCCAGCAGCGAACAGAACGGGGCACUCACCAACGGUGACGUUCUUUCAGAAGACAGCACCGUGACCUGCACGCAGCAUUACGAGGAAGUCCAGACCUCAGCUUCAGAUCUGCUGGACUCCCAGGACAGCACAGGGAAGCCAAAAUGUCAUCAGAGCCGAGAGUUGCCCAGAAUUCCUCCUGAGACUGAAGUGGACACGAGGCUCAAUGGAGAAAGCGCGGACGGGGACCAGGGUCUGGGGAUGGAGGGGCCGUAUGAAGUGCUCAAGGACAGUGCCUCACAAGAAAAUAUGGUGGAGGACUGCUUGUAUGAAACUGUGAAAGAAAUUAAGGAGGUGACGGCCGCCGCCCACUCAGCUCGAGGCCACAGCAGCAGGUCGAAGUCAACUUCCACCGUGAAAGAGCUUCCGGGGCCCCAGGCCAGUGGCAAAACAGACUUUGCCGAAUAUGCCUCUGUGGACAGAAACAAAAAGUGUCGACAAAGUGCUAAUGCAGAGAGUAUUCUUGGAAAUGCCUGUGAUCCAGAAGAGGAGGCGCCACCCCCUGUCCCCAUUAAACUUCUGGAUGAAAAUGAAAACCUUCAGGAGCAGGCAGAGAGUAAAGCAGGAGAAGGAGCCGCCGAGGGGACCAGUGAAACCAACAAGAGAUUUAGUUCGUUGUCAUACAAGUCCCGGGAAGAAGACCCAACUCUCACAGAAGAAGAGAUCUCGGCAAUGUAUUCAUCAGUACAUAAAAAAGGACAGCCAGGGAACAAAUCAGGACAGUCACUUAAAGCACCAGAGUCCACCUAUACCUCCAUCCAAGGAGCCGCUCUGAGGUCGCCCUCUUCCUGUAACGAUCUCUAUGCUACUCUUAAAGACCUGGAGAAAAUUCCCAACAGUGUCAGCACUCUUCCAGCAGCAGGGAGGCCCAGCGGCGAGGAGCCCGAGCCAGAUUACGAAGCAAUACAGACUCUAAACAGAGAGGAAGCGAAGGCUGCCCCGGAGACCAACAGCCACCACGGCCUUUUCCCAAAGGAGAAUGACUACGAAAGCAUCGGGGACCUGCAGCAAUGCCGAGACAUCACCAGGCUCUAGCAGCCCGGAAGACAGCCCAGCUAGCGUAGGACCAGCCGGCAGGGCCAGCGCUGCUGCAGAACACGAGAAGCGGUGACGACCGCACUUCAUAUGCUGCUUUCGGAAAUGGAAGAUGACUGGAGAUGCCGAUACUGCUUCUCAGUUUGGGGAACGGUGAGGUACGCACCCUACUGCCGGGGCACUGGCACACCCAAGCACACCUCCCUCAUAUACCCACACCCUCUGGAAGGAGCCCAGCUCUCAGCGGUCUCGCCCUCUCUGGGAAGAAAGCCACACAGUAAGGAAGAACAGCGCUCAUCAAAAACCACAGCUCACCUGCCUGAAACACUGCCGCUCACAGCAGCCGGCUUUCUCUCCCUCUCUCCCCUUUCCGCUGCCUGCUACUAAUGGUAAAAUGAAUGGCUUUUUUUCCACUUGAAAUCUUGCGAUUUAUAAUGGUUCAUUCCAAGGAUAUUCUCCCACCAGCCUGGCCUUUGCCUUCAACGUGGGUGUUUCUCGAUGGUAAGAAAUUGUGGUUGCUGCUUCCCUCCCGCUCCCCAGUCCCCUGCAAGCAGCUGCCCCUGGGAACCGGGCCCGGCCGGUGGUUAGGAUUGGAGAUGCCCCUUGAGCUUCUCAGCUCUUCAUUCCUCCUGAUUCGGGCAGCCAUGUCAGCAGCCUCUCCCAAAGUACUGGAAGUCCUUGUUAGAUGCUUUAUUUUAUUUUUAUAGUCAAAAUGGUUUUUUCCCCAGUAUUUGAAACUCUUCAGAGCCUUUUCAGUAUUUUCAAUGACUAUCAUGGUACUUCCAUACUUCUUUUAGCCCAGAGCUCAUUCCUCCAAAACAGAGAGCCUUAAUCUCUAUGUCGGGACACAGACCACAUGUUUGGAUGGCAGCCACGGCUUCCAUUUCCCAAGGGCUGUGCACCUGAAUGUUAUUUCUGAUGAUCCCCGCCGUCACACCAGCCGUGCGGGAUUUCGUACAUGAACUGCUCCCCUAAGGUAAUCUAUCUGAGAUUAAAAUAGAAACAUUUAUUUUUGUUAGAUAAAUUUAUAAGGUAUUUUAUGUUUAACGCCUAAUUUCUAGAAAGUGCCAGAUAAAAAUGUAUAUUAACUAUUUUGAUUUGAUGUACAAUGAUUUGUAUCCUCAUUUUGAAAAGACACCAUAAAGCACAUAAGCUGGAUAAUUAUGAGUAGUUGUUACCUUUUUUCUAACCAAGUGUUGAAAACACUGAAGGUUUUUAAAGACUUGACUUUUCAAAUGGUACUUGGAGCUCCUGGUCAAAUCAUCUGGCUCCCUGGAGAAAUAAGUGGAAUAAACAUAAAUGAUCAUUUUCAACGGUUUGUGGUGGGAAGUACUGAAAUAUUUGACAUGGUGGAAAUGGAAGGAGGAACAAGAUAUGACUAGGGAUGGCUGUGAACAAUUAACCUCAAGAAGGUAUUAUAAUUUCAUUAAGUUUUAGCUACUUUUUUAAGAAAAAGGUGAUGAAUUCUGCAGCCUGGUGCUUGCAAAUGUAAAUUGCCUAUUGGGACUUUUUUUUUCCCUUCAUUUUACAAAAAUCAGUUGCUGAAAUAACUCAGAUUGAGAGCUCAGCCUGGUUUGAAUUUAAUCAUCUCUCUAGAUUUUAUAAGGCCAACAUUGGGAAGCUUGUUCACUUUUCAUUUUAAAAUGAACCUGGUUGAAGUGCUAUUAUGCAGUGUGGGCUACAGAAAAGGAGCUUUUCCUACACUGCUAAAGAAAAAUAAAAAGAGGCAAUUAUUCUGUACUGCUGUGACAUCUGUGACUUUUCAGAUUGAAUAAUCUUGCUGUUUUCACUCAUUAUGAUAAAGAAUGCAAUUGGGAGGAUGAAGCAUCUUGAAAAUUGUAGGGACCAGCUCCCGGGCAUGUUUUUUCCAUUCCUUGCAUUCAUGGCUUGAUUUUGUGACUGCUCUGUAAUAUGUUUCUGAAAUUGUAAAGUAGCUCGGUUGGGGUAAAUUGGUUGGUUGUCGUUAUUUUUCAGUCAGCCUGGUCUCUCCCGUGAAGACUUCAUGUGUAUAAGCACAAUCAUCAUUGAUCAAAAGAUCAUGGCAGAAUAACCUUGGAUUAAGGAGGAGUUUAUCAGGAAGGCGCAAGGCCCCAUGCUCUCUGAAUUCACAUCCUUUGUAAGCACUGGUUCGCCCAGUGAGUCUCAUUGCUUAGUAUGAAUGAGUUUGACCCGACAAUCUUGACUUUGUGGGGUUGCUUUGUACCUGGUGACAGCCACGACACAUUGCACACCUAGCAUUGUGCAUGCUGCAGGCUUGUCCCUUAGGAGCCCCUGACUGCUCAAAAGUUGUAAUUCAUGAUGCUUACUUUUUGCCAGGGAAGGGGGUAUGAUCUCUCAAGGGUAAAACCAUGUCUAGGUAGAGAAGCUCUUUAUAAAUAGUCAUAUCAUCUUGAAAUUUCAUUAUCAGAAUUCCCCCAGACGUUUCAAAACCAAGGCUAUGCCUUAUGGCCAUAAAGUAUGCAAUGAAAUAUCUCUCUUGACUUGAAAACCUGUGCUAAGAAUAAGUUGUGAUGUAAAGUAUUAAAAGGAACUCUAAGGCCCUCCAGAACAAAUCCUAAAAGAAUAAAUGAUAGCACAGUCCAUGAGUGUUGGGGGGAGGGAGAGGCAGAAUAAACCUUCAGCAGAUGGCCCUGCUCUUUAGAACACUGGGUAACUUACUGAAGUAUAUUUAUGGAUGUUAGCAUCACUGUUUGGACCCUAAAGUACAGUAUUUCAUAAACUUCAUCACUUUUUACUUUAUUUGUUGAAAGUUUGUGCUAGAAUCUUUGAGUUGGAAGCCUAUGGCUUCUUUAAAAAAAAUUUCAUCUUGAAUUAACUGCUACAUAGUUUAAAUAUAUGAAAGGAUAUUAUAUUUAAAAAGGAGUUUACUAUAUCUUAAAAAUUUUGACACCCAUAUUAUGUAUGCAUUCAACUAUAAUAACCUAGGUAGGUGAAAUUAUACAAAAAGAUAAAAAUAAGUUUUAGGAAAUUUUUUUCAUCUUAUAAACCAGAAUUAUAAACCGAUCUUGCCUAAAAGUAGGAUCUUUGUUUUUAUUCAGAUAUUUUGAAAGUUUUGAAGAAUUUUUUUGUCCUGCUUUUACUCUUUCUCAAAUAUUGUCAGCAGGGAAGGGUAACCUGUUUUAUGUGAAAUGUUUGAGGAAAUUUUAAAUUCUAGAAGAAAGUAAUUUUUGCAAAUAUGUUUGCCACAGAUUUUUUUUCCUGACCUGCAUUAAAUUACAUCAUUAGGGCUAUUAAAGCUUUUGAGGGUACCGCUCUUUGUGGGAAGAAGGCUAAUUACUGAUUUCUCUGCCCUUAAAAUCCAAGAGUUAAUUCUAAUUGAUUGCUAAAUUAACAAUAAGUAAACACAAAGAACUGAAAUUUAACCUCAGCAUGUCACUAGAUCUGUUUCUCAUAUUUGAUUUUCAUUUUUCGAAUUAGAGCAUUUACUUACUUUUACCAGUAACUAUAUAAAUAUAUAUAUAUAUGUUGUAUAUAUACGAUGUUGUAUAUAUAUAUAUAUAUAUGAUACACACACACAUCCAUAUAUACACACGUAUAUAUAUAUGAAGUCGCUCUGGUGCUUAAUUAAUUAGGAUACAUCCUGUCAUUUAUUUUUAGUGUUUAUCCUACUAGUGUAAUGACUAUUGUCAUAAAAGCAGAAUAGAAGAAACAGUUCUCCAAUCAUUUUCAUUUGGUAAUUACAGGAAAACCAUCUUCAGUUGCCCUCAUUGAAUUUCUCUAGUUAAUGAAUUCAGAUUUUAAAUUAGGUCCAUCAUCCUCUUAGCUGAAAAACAGUGGUACGUUUAAAUAGCUUUAUUCAUGCGACUCCCUACAUAUUCAGCCCGACAAAAGGAAAUGAAAAUAGGUGUCCUAAUCAGACAGGCGUUUGAGGACAGAUUUGGCCGAAGGCAACAAGAGCCCGGUGAGCCAGGAUGGCGCCAUGGCCAGGUAACCUGCCCACCGGGGGGCAGAAAAGCAGGGACCCGUUAUUACAUGAGGGCAUUUUAUUUCACUGUCUUCAAAAACCAUGAGAUUUUAGCACACAAUCAACGGGCAGUGGUGGGGGAUGAUUGCAGAAGAGCCACUCUGAGAUGGUGAUGGAACAUGGCUAGAAUCCCAGAGCCUCAGUGCAAGACUGACUUAGGAUUUUGUAAAUGAGUAAAUGCUCCUUGUAAUAGUUGCCAUGAGUCCAUGUGUUCUAGUGAUGCCUUUCUUCUGAAAGUGUUGAUUUCUGGUACCCAGCUAGCUUAGCUUUGGCUGCGGGAAGCACAGUAGGUACCGAUGGUUAUUUCCUGGCAAUCUUGACAGGCUAAUUGUACUGUGUAACUGGGAAAAGUUAAAGGGUAACGUUUAGUGUUCAUAAGUGACUGAUGUGAAAGUAGGAACAUGUGUCUAUAAUAUCAAAUAUGGCUUUAUUUGCAGUGAAGUCUAAAUUUCUUGUCCUGUAGUAGUAUUUUCUUGCUCUGUGUUGUACCUUUUCUUAAAUACAUUAUUCCUGACAGUAUCAUUAGAUGAGUUGGAUACACUUAGAAAGUGUUUGACUAGAAGAGAUCAGUCCAGAAACUGUGUUGUUAGAGUUUUCAUCUGGAAUCACCAAAGUAAAUUAAAUAAAAUCAUGGUCCAGAAGAGAACAAACAUUCAUAAAGGGGUUUUUUUUUCCCCUACUGCUCAUUUUAAAGUUGUAUUUACAUCCAGUCUCUGAUAUUUAUAAAGUAUUUCAUUGUUUUUCCAGGUUCUUCUUUUAUUUAACUAGGAAAUAGUAGUUCAGAUUUUGCUUAAUGCCAGAUGAAAUGAGAAAUACAAUUUUUGCCUAAAAAAGGCAAUUUUUCUAAAAGCAUUCAAUUUGGUCAUCAUUUAUCUUAAUGCAGUUAGAUUUGACUUUUCUUUGCUCGCCACUUAUAUACUAUGGGUGGGUUUUUUGUGUGUUUGUUUGUUUGUUUGUUUUGGCGGUACGCGGGCCUCUCAGUGUCGUGGCCUCUCCCGUUGCGGGGCACAGGCUCCGGACGCGCAGGCUCAGCGGCCGUGGCUCGCGGGCCCAGCCGCUCCGCGGCACGUGGGAUCCUCCCGGACCGGGGCACGAACCCGCGUCGCCCGCAUCGGCAGGCGGACUCUCAACCACUGCGCCACCAGGGAAGCCUGUAUGGGUGUUUUUAAAAAAUGUAUUGUGCUCUGUCUCAGAUCACCUUGUGUAAUGGAUUGUAAAGGUUGGUAAUUGUCAUUCCUCAGACUUCUGUAUAUUAAAUUGGCAACAGUAAAAUAUUUUAAUGUCAUUAUCUCUUAAAUAUUGCAUUGUCUUAAGACGCCUCAUGUUUUCAGGGGGAGUUUGAAACAUAACUAAACAAAUAGGACUUUGCAUUUCACUGUGCGUGCAUUUUUUUCCUCAUAAAAAUAGUUUCCCAAGAGAGGGACAUAUUAUCUGUUAGGUGGUCCCAAUCAUUUUCAAAGUGCUCCUGUUACUCAAAAAUAAUUCAUGACAGUUAACAUCAUUGAGACUUAUUGUCUCAAAAAGGUCUUUGUAAUGGUCAAAUUGUGCAAUUCACAAAAGAGUGGGAAAGCUGUUUUCAAUAUUGGGAACGUUUAAACCUUCUGUCACCUUGCAUAGCACCACCCCGGCCCCUCUGUGUCUGCUACUCCCAGGACAUUCCGUUCCCUCUUUUCUAAUACCUAUUAACAAUCUUCAGUAUCACAGACCUGGCCUGGCAGCAUGGAACUGUUCCCCAGCGCCUCCAGGCACGAAGACAGCUCUGCCCAGCUCACGUUUUCCAGCAUCAUGGGCUAUCUCGAUAAGGCACAGAUCCACCUGGGGAAGCAGAUGCUGGGUGUUAUUUGCCAUGAACUUUGCUAAACCAUGUACCCACAUCUUUCGUGAGAAUGGUUGGCGCUAACGAACCAUGGAGAAGAACUUUUUAAAAAUUCUGUUGAGGGCUCAGACUCACAAAUGCAGAAAAAUGAGGACUGAGCUCGAACCAGGUAAGCUCACGGAUCCCCUACAAGGUAUUGAGAUUGAAGGGAAAUCCCUGGAACAGCAGACCAAUAGCUACCCAUAAAGUAGAAGGGCACCGAUUAUUUAGAGAGGAAAAAAAAAAAAAAAAAAACUCUUUCCUGUAAGAAUUAAUCACUUCUAAAGUAAAUUAUGUGCAACAUUUCGUAGCCAUGUAGCUAUUGCACCCCAUCCCCUGAGAAAUAGUGCUUAUGAGUUAUGUGAGUUAUAACUAGUUUGAGCUCCUCUCCAGGUCUCAAGGAAAUGAGGAGAAUGUUCAAGCAUCUAACUCUGGAGUUACCAGAUGUUGAACAUAACUUGGCCAUUUAUAGGCAAAAUCCCUGAUGUUUGGUGAUGUUAGGUGAUCCAGUGGCUGAGGGUCUCACAUUCUGCACACCUGAGGAUCCAGGAUGUGCUUAGUUUUGAUUUGUUUAACCUUCACUCUCAUCACAGCUUAUUUUUUUUGUUUGUUUUGUUUUGUUUUUGUUUUUUGUUUUUUGUGGUACGCGGGCCUCUCACUGUUGUGGCCUCUCCCGCUGCGGAGCACAGGGUCCGGACUCGCAGGCUCAGCGGCCAUGGCCCACGGGCGCAGCCGCUCCGCGGCAUGUGGGAUCUUCCCGGACCGGGGCACGAACCCGCGUCCCUUGCAAAGGCAGGCAGACUCUCAACCACUGCGCCACCAGGGAAGCCCCUCAACAUAGCUUAUUUGAAUGGGUAUUCUAGAGUGUAAUAUUUUUUUCCAAAUUUAGAGAACAGAUAUCUGUUCAUUCUCAUUAUACAUUUAAUUCUUAAAAGCCUAUCUAGUAUACCAGUUAGGCACCCUUCACAGGACGGUUAAGGCUAAAACAGAGAGACCAGUUUUGUCCCCUGGAGUCUGCAUUUCAGAACCGACUUGUUGCAACGUCUGGUUUUAUUUUAUUUUGUUUUGUUUGUUUUUUUUAACUCAACACGUGGGAAACCGUGAGUGUAAACAAACUCUUUCCUUUUCCUUUUUUAAGCUUAAGGAGAAAAAGAAAUGUAAUUUUAGCUCCUCAUUUAGGUAGUAAGUAAAGGCUUCCCUGACAGACAGCAGUGCCUUUCCCUAGGCGAAGAGACUAGAACCAAAGGCCUGAGUCGGUCUUUGAACAUUCCUUUGACAAGUUUUUAUGUAUUUUUAAUGUCAAACCCAUAGAUGAACCUGACAUGAUGAUCAUGACCCAUCCAGUCAGUGUGCUUGCUUUUUUUCGCAUUCAUCUUUUUAAAUAUAAGCUGCUCUGUUUUUCCUGGAGCCAUGCUCGAAACUUAACUCCUGUGGGCUACUCCACGGCUGCCUCCUGAUGUCCUGGAGAUUUGGUGGCACCAUCAGCAGUGCUUCGCUCUCAGGGAGAAGCUCGCGGAACAUGUUGGGAAAGUUGAAUUUUACAUCCACGUCAACAGACAUUUGAAAGAGUCCUGUAUGCCUCAGAUUUUUGACACUUUUUAAAAAUUUUUCUUUAUUUUUUUCUGAGUACCAACUACCUAUUUGAUUCUCAGGGGGUGGGUAGGGCAGGAAUUAGAAGUAAAAUUUGAACUAAGUGAUGUGGGAAAGGCUUCCUGCCCCUGUGUGUGUGACUCUGGAAAAUGUUUUAUUCCAAUGCCCUACCUACCACUCUGAGUCUCUUGAGAAGCACACCGUAAAUGUAUAUAAGAUUGAGAAAGACUAUCUCAAAGACUUAAAUUAUUGUUUAGAUAUUUUCUUCUUUGUAAACUCAGGACUAAACCUGGUUUGUGCGUGGCAUAAUAUGACUACUAAAGCUAUAAUUUGUAGGUAACUAGGGGCAUUCUUUCAAAUAUAUUUCAUUCUAACUUUUUUUAAAACUGGGGAAAGAAACUCCUAGUAAUGAAAAAACAAAACCAACAAGAGACUUCCAUAAACUCUUUCUAGAAGAACAUAGCAUCAGUCUAACAUCUGCCCCAGAGUGUUUGUUUCUUGCCUAUAGUAUUUCAACAAUUUUUAUGGGAGAAAAAGAUGCACGUUUUUAUGUCUUGGAAAAAUGAAUUGAAGUAUUGAAUUAAAUUCUCAGAGGGGACAAUUUAGUUUAAAGAGAAGCAUUGGUUUUGGAGAUGAACUCAUGGCUCUGUGGUCCCCGUUCCAGCAUUGACUUUACUGUGUGACCUUGAGCAAAUGAUUAACUACUCUGUGCCUCAGUUUCUCCAUAUACAAAAUGGGGAUAAUGAUACCAACCAUUACCUACCUCAUAGGGAUGUUAUGGGGACAAAUGAGAUAAUAUAAAUACAAAUGCUUUGAAUUCUGUAAGAAAGGUGCUAUAUAAGUUGAAAUUGUGUUGUUUUUAAUGAUCCAAGUCUUAAUUAUGUUUAGGGUUUAAAUAAUAGCAAUACUGUUAGUCAUGUUAAGAAUAAGUUUCAACUUGAUGCAUAUUUACAAUUCUCUUCUGUGGCCAGAUCUUGAUCAUUUAUCCAGUAAGGGUACCUAAGGAACUGAAAUGGAUAUUUGUUUUCUGUGUAUUUCUGCCCAUAGUAUUUCUAUGCUGAAUGGUCCCAAAAGGCUGGAGUUCAACUUGUCCUAUCUUAUAGUUUACAUGUAAUGAACCUUACUCAAGCUGUAUAUAAAAGUAUAAUUACGCGUAAAUAGCAGGUACGUUGUAAUUAAAGGCACUUAUCAACC